AUGCAUCGGGGUUGGAAACUUUCGAGUCUUCUUCUUUUAGGUGCCCUAUCAACAGCUUUUAGUAGGGCACUUCCCGACUCUGAAAUUGCGAUACUUGAAGAGAAUCACGCUCCACCUCCGCCUUUACCAAUUCGAAUCCGAAGCACUCGGCACAAAAAGAAAUUUCGAUCCUGCACCACAGGCGAUAUCAACAGCAGAUCUAUCACGCGCAGAGGCCAAUGUUCCUGUAAGGGAGGUCGGUUAGACGACGACGACGACGAAGGAGCACACUGCAAAUCCGAUCCUGGCCCAACAUUCGAAGUCGAAGUCUGCGAAGUCGCUACCGACCGCGAUACCUGUGCCAUCGAGGUUGUACCCGCUUGGGCCCAAGGGGAACCAGCGGUGCCUAGAAAACCCGAGUUCUUAGCCGAGCGUGGAAAGAAAGGCCUUGAUCUUGUUGCUAAUCCAAAGCAAGGCCCUGAUUUCCUGGAUCGCAUGAAGGUAAACUACAAGAUUACGAACUUGUCCAGCGAGGAGUGGGAGAUAGAGAACGGCGGAGGAAAUAAUGGCGUAGGAAAAGGUGUUCCGUCACUAAGUUUCUUUAAAGAGUAUGGAUUUCAGAGAAAGGAUGGUUGGCAGGGUGUAUGGGUCCACUCAACUGGCGGUUUAAUCGACGAUGUCGCGUCAAUAAGCAUCGGAAAAGCACCUAAAAAGAAAGACGGCAAGGAGUAUGUGGCUAUCAUUGCCCAUAAUCGCGACUCGGUCAGAGAUGCUAAUCGCUUUGUAAUUGAGAGCGACGGUAGCAACAAAUUCGACGCUAACAACAAAUAUGUUCCUCUUCCACCGGAAGAAGUCGCUACCAAGGCUGUCCCAGUAGCUCAACUUGUUUAUCAAGCUGCUAAACAGAAUGGAAUGCUCAAUGGCAAGCCUGAAAAGUACUUUUUGGUCAGUGAUGCGAUAACGAAUACAGAGACUCGGAGAGAUAUCAAAACAGUGGAAAAAAGGAUGAAAACAAAGUGGUCUGAGGAAACCGUUUUACACCCCAACGCCCCUGGUAUCGAAGGAGAAAUGUACAAUCUUAUAGCUGGCAACGACAACAGCUAUUCGUGGCUUAAUACUAUCGGUCGUAAUCCUGCAACCUUUGGAGAUUAUAAGAUCGAUACUAUUAUAACUCGAAGCGACCCUCAUAUGAUAACUAUCGAACUAGUUAAGAAAGAAGUAGGUGGCGGAUAG